ACCAAAACAAUAAACAAUUUCGACAUUACUGAAAAUUGCGGUAACUAGAGAUUGGAGAGGCUUUGUAGUUUAUUUUGAUUUCACCAUUUCAGAAUUUUAGAUUUUUGCACGGUUAUGUUAAAUUACAUCAAUUAGGAGGCACCUACAUAAUCUUAAUUUUUGAAAGAUGUCGGCCAACACUAGUACCCGGGAUAAAUUACUUGGUUUGCUCGACGACUUCGAACUGUUAAGCAGAGAAUUGAUUGAAAAUUUGAGUGCUGGACGACAACAAAAGAUUAAUGUUCAACAUCAGUUACUCCUUACAGAACAACUCGUAGCCACGGAUAAUGAAAUAAAGGCUACAUUAAAAGUUGCAGAACACCAAGCAGAAGUAGAAAAAAAAGUAGAUGCUAUUAAGGAAGAAAUAGAAACACAAGAUCAACAUAUCACACAAAUGCAAAAACAUUUCAAAGAAGCAGAAAAUAUAUUGGCAACAGCGUUAUUUCAAGCAAAACAAAAAUUACAAUCAAUCAAUAAAGCAAGUAAACAUCCUGUGUCCUCAGAAGAUCUCAUCAAAUAUGCCCACCGAAUAAGUGCUUCAAAUGCAGUAUGUGCACCACUUACAUGGCAACCGGGUGAUGCACGUAGACCUUAUCCUACUGAUAUUGAAAUGCGAAUGGGCUAUUUGGGCAGGUUAAGUGAUCUACCACUUAAUGGUCAUAUAAUGCAACCCCAAGGUCUGGCUGAUAUGGUGCGAUCAAAUAAUCAAAUAGAUCGUCAAGCCUCUCAACAAAAUCAAUUUGCUUGGCAUUCAACUGGUGAUAUGCACAUAGGAGUUAAUAGUGGAGUCAUAGAUACUAGAAAUCAUUCUAAAGAUGUUGCGGAAGAUGUUGAAGUUAUGUCUACAGAUAGUAGCAGUUCUUCGUCCAGUGAUUCUCAAUAGUUAUAAAAAUAAAAAAUAAAUACAAAUUAAAAAAUGGUGAUAGUAUUAUUAUGUUUACGUAUCACAUUUUAAACAUUUUCUAUCAAUCUUAUUUGUACUGACUGAGUUAUACACAAAAAAAAAAAAAAUGAAUAAAAAUAAGAAUUUAUCAAAUAUAAAAAUUAUAAGAUGUAGUUAUAUUAAUUAUAUAAAACAUUGAGGUGCUCAAUGACUCAUGAAUCUGUGACAUUUGGAUUGGUGUAAGUAAACCCAUCAAAUUGAGACUGAUCCAUCGACUGAAGUAUGGUUUUUUCAACAGGUGUCAGUCUCGGUUUCUCUUUUGUAAAGUGCUUAUCAAAAUAAUGAGUGUCCAAAGGAUGAUACUAAGAAGAAGAAAAAACAUUGUAUUACACUUAAGAAAAACAUUGUCAAUUGUCAAAAAUAAUUAUCAUUCAUACUUACAACUCUAGGCAAAUAUGGAGGUUCUAACUCUCGUCUCUCCAGUUUAGACCAGUCCAUUGAACUGAAAAAUGGAUGUCUGAUCACAUCCUCAGCCGAAUGGUUAGCUUCCAAAGACCCCAGUCGUUUAGAAGCAUCUUUAUCUAGUAACUUUAUGUCCAAAUAGUAACGCAAUGAAAUAACAAUUUGAGAACAUUUAAAAUCUAAUCGUGAUGACUUACAGCAACCAGAACAGAUUUAGAAUCGACCGACAGGUAUCUUGGAUACUGAGGUUGUUCGUUGCAUAUAGACCAAAACAGGGCGUCCUCGUCACAACCACUGAAUGGCGAUUUGCCAACCAACAUCUCGUACAGCAGAAUGCCAAAGGACCACCAGUCUACACUUUGAUUGUAUUUCUGGCCUUUGAUUAUCUAUAUAGUAAAUCAACAGUGAGAAUGUGAAUGCAGUUGUGCCCACGACGCAAUAUGUACAAAAAAAUAAUGCUGUUGUCGCAAAUGUCUUACCUCUGGCGCCAUAUAAUCAGGUGUACCGCAAAAUGUAUCCGCUGUCUUAUCCAAGUAUAUCUGAAGUUUGCACAUUCCGAAAUCAGCGAUACGCACGUGACCGUUGAAGUCUAACAAUAUGUUGUCCAGCUUCAAAUCCCUGCGAUUAAAGUAGGAAUUUGAGACCUGACACUAUUUCAGAUGCAUAGAAUCGAGAUCGACCUUCGUCAAACCGUCCAGACUGUUGUAUGUGAAACAUCAAAUCACCGCCGUUCAGAUACUCCAUGACAAAAAACAAAUGAGACUGAAAAUUUUGGAUUUUGUAAUUAUUUUUUUUUCUGUGUAUGGGUUUUAAAUAAAUAUUGAAGUAUAAUAUA